CUGAUUUCUACUGAGGGAAGCACAGUGUUAAGACAGACAGGACGUUACACCCUAACUAAAGAGAAAGCAAACUCUCGUGUGCCUUGUGGAGACUUAUUGCUGCUGAGGUGACUGAGGUGUCCUGCGCCUUGAGAAAAGCUCACAAAACAGUGUGUUAAUCAAAGAAGCUUCCAUACUUGCUUGGUGCUCCUUGUUCUUUAUGAAACUCCUUAUGAAGACUUUCCUUAUACUUGGUCUAUUUGUUUGAUUAUUCCUCUGAUCCAGCGAUGGCCAAACAAGGGUCGGGCAGGGAAAAGCCAAACAUCGAACUUUUCAUUAAGGCUUGCUGUUUCGUUGUUUCACAUCUUGGAACAUUUAUGCUAAGUUUAGCAUUGUGACUUCAACUUUGGAUGGAUGUUAAAUUAACAGCGUAAAUUUGGAGUCAUGGCCUGAGCUGACUCCCAAGGCUGGUUUCGAUGGAGAGAACAUAGGAAACUGCCCCUUUUGCCAACGUCUCUUCAUGGUUCUAUGGCUGAAAGGAGUUGUCUUUAAUGUUACAACAGUGGAUAUGAGAAAGAGACCAGAAGAGCUGAAACAUUUGGCUCCGGGCACCAAUCCUCCAUUCCUUAUCUUCAAUGGAGAGCUGAAAACUGAUUUCAUCAAGAUUGAAGAGUUUCUUGAGGAGACACUUGCUCCACCCAGGUACCCACACCUCACUCCACGACAGCCAGAAUCUUAUGCCGCUGGCAGUGACAUCUUUGCCAAAUUUUCAGCAUACAUCAAGAACACAAGUAAAGAUGCCAAUGAAAAAUUUAAGAAGGCCCUGCUGAAAGAGCUGAAAAGAUUGGACAACUAUCUGAAAGAACCCCUUUCUGAUGAAAUUGAUGCUAAUAGUUCAGAGAUGAUUCUUGUUUCCAAGCGGAAGUAUCUAGAUGGAAAUGAGCUGACACUGGCGGACUGCAAUCUGCUACCUAAGCUGCACAUCAUCAAGGUGGCUGCAAAGAAGUACCGGGAUUUUGAGAUUCCUGCAGAAAUGUUUGCUCUCUGGCGUUAUCUGAACAAUGCAUAUAAACGAAAUGAGUUUAGCCAUACCUGUCCAACCAAGGAAGAGAUUGAACGGGCCUAUGCUGAUAUUGCCAAAAACCUGCAAUGAGGAUAAUCUGACUCUCACAUUGCACUGAAGAUUUCUAAUGUAAUCACUCAAGCACCCAUACAUUGUUUGUUGGACAGAGAAGUGACAGAGAAGUCUGUUUCACUUCUGUUUGCUCACAAUGCAGUUCUAGCGAGAAGCCUGUUCAGUGCAGCUUGUUUAUUGCUAGCCAUUGCUACCUAUUGCUACCUUAUUCUUCAUGGUGCCUCAGUAGUAAUGGGCCAUCUAACUGUUAGUUUUGUAUCUAGCAUCAUAUUUCAAAGUGAUACACUUUGUUACAAUACAAAACAUUCUUAAAAAUAAGAGUAGAAAUAAAGACAGUCAACAGCCUAGAUCCUGAAAAUCAUAAAAUAUCCAGACUGCAUAGUUUCCUCACCAAGCAACACCCAAACUCUACUUGGCCUCAAGCUUUAUUUAUUUAACAGCAAUUAGAGUUUGAAGCUUUAAAGAUUUCCCCUUAAGCUAUAGUAUAACACAUUUGCGCUGCACAAGAAAAUCUCGUUAUCUUUAUAGAAUAAUAGAUUGCCUGAUUUACCAUGAGCAAUUCAUCGAGGGUGAACAGUUUUUGGCAACACACUUCAAAAAUGGAGCUGUUCACAAAUGUUUUUUGGCGGGAGCUGAACCUUAUUAACUCACUGGAAUUCCUCCUCAUUUGACCACACUAUCUUCCUCCAAUGCCUCGACUCUGUCCCCAGGUGGGUGGAACUGCCCUAGCAUGGUUUCAUUCUUAUCUUUCUAAUCAGAUGAAAAUCUGUAAUGACUUCUCUUCCCACUCUUGCAUUGUUACCUCUAGAGCUCCCCAAGGAUGUACUCUUGUCCCUUGCUAUUUUUCAUCUACAUGCUAGUCCUAGGAGAUAAAUACAAAAACAAAACAUAAGGUUCCACCACUAAGAACCCUCAGUUCUACCUCAUCACUGCCUCCUUAAACUCUUUAACUGUCUCUGAUCUGUCACACUACUGAUUCAACACCCAACAUUGAAUGAUUGAAUGAACAGAUAUUUCACCAACCAACUAUUGGGAAGGCUGAAGCCAUUAUCUUUGGUCCCCAACAGAAACUCCAUUCCCUGCCCACUGUUUCAAUCCAAUUGACCAAGACCAUUUGCAAUCUCACCGCUGUGUUUGACCCCAAGUUGAGUUUCUGACCACAUACCUACACCAUCAUUAAGACUGCCUGCCUCCACUUCCAUAGUAUUUCUCGUCUCCAACCUUCCCUCAGCUCAUCUGCUGCUGAAGCCAUUGCCCAUGCCAUUGUUCACUCUGAACUUGACUAUUUCAUUGCCCCCCCCCCACCCCCUGGCCAGCUUCCCACCUUCCACUAACCUAAACUUGUACUCAGCAAAACUCUGCUGCCUGAAUCUUAACUCUCUCCAAAUCUCAUUCAUCUGCCAGCCUUGCGCUUGUUGACCUUCACUGGCUCCCUGUCCAACAACACCUCAAUUUUGAAACCCUCAGGCUUUAUGUCAUUUUUCCUGACUUCUCCUUCGAUGGCUCAGUGUCAAAAAUGUUUUUUUAUUGAUAUCACUCCUGUAAAGUGGAACUUUUUACAAUGGUAAAUAUGCUAUAUAAAUGUAGGUUAUUGUUAUUAUCUACUGGGGGAACUGAACCCAUUAAACCACAGGAAUCUCUUUUAUAUUUGCUGGCAGCUUAUGAAUAAAAUUUGGUCAGCAACAAUGUAUUGUAUAUAGAUAAAUCUGCACACAAUGAGACCCUGCUGUAGUGAAUCUGGCUGCAACAAACUCUGCUUACAGUAAAAAACACAAAGCAUUUACAAACGCAGUGGCAGUUCCUUAUAUGUUGAAAUGGUUCCUUAAACAAUUCUGCUAGUUCCUUGUACUCAUCAGAAAGGGAAUUUAUCCAGGUUGGUGACUUUUUAAAUAAAAAUCUCCUCAUCCACUCAAAUACGAAAAACUCGUCCAGCAAUAGAUUUAAGUGGAAGUAGCUUACGCUGAACCAAGGGCUGGUCAAAGCACUAUUGUAAAUGACCUUCUAAAUUCAGAAUACAACCCAAGUUCAGAAUACAACCCACAGAGAAUCCUGGAACACUGUGGUAUAGCACCAGACUAUACUAUAGCUCAACCCCACAGGUUUGCCACGCUGCCAUCUCUAAAGCAAGGCUAUGCACGUGGGACAGUCAGAUUGUACUUGACCAGUAACCAGCCAACCUCCAACCUGAAAGCCCCUAUCUAAUCCAGUGCUCCCCACCCAAAUUAAUACCCCACUCUAGGCUCACAAUACUCAAACCGACAAAACCAACUGAGCAGAAACAAGAAAGGCAAACUGAAGCUUCUAAUUUGCAAUAUUUAAAAUGUGUAUUUUUAAUUUGCACUAACAACAUUCUCUGCAUCAGAAGGCAUUUUGUUUGACCUUGAAUGUCCGGUUGAGUUGAUAGAGAGGUAAAAUUCUGAAUUCCUGUAAAAAUAAAUCCGCUUUAGAUUGACAUGUCAGAUGAUCCUGACUUUCUACCCAGGAAUGUGAUGAAUGUAUGCAACACAAAGAUUGUUCAUUUAUUGAUAGUCUUAUCUGAAUAAAUGUUAAGAAAUCAUAAACAUAUAUAAUAUUUUGAUAAUAUUGUGCAAAUAUGGAAAAUUGGCAUUGUCCUGUAGCAUGCCCUUUAGAACUAUCUUGUUGAACUACAUUAAAGAAUUGCAUUGUC